AUGUCCCGGACAGAAUCUCUGCAACUAAAGAAUAUCGCUAGCAUAUCGCUCCACAGGAACGUGAAGGAAAAGGAUCGUUUCCAUAGGAAAAAGUUAAGAUUAAAGAAAUGUGAGUUUCGUCUCGGAGAAUCGCCACAGUUAGACCUUGUUCUCAUCAGUAGAUCAGCUACAUUCGCUAUAGGUUUGGAAAUCGAAGAUUUAGAACUUGUGUUUGUGUACAACGAAGUGACGUCACAACUGACACUAUUGAAGUUAACCAUUAAGAUGAAAAAAGCAAGAAACGAACCCAAAUCCGAAGAAACGAACCCAAAGUGGUAUGAAGAAUAUUCUAAAGGAGAAGGACCAUAUAAACAUUCAAAACUGGAAAUAGAAAUAUCACAUUUAAGAAAUGAGGCAAAGAAAUAUCUAGAUUCGGAAAUUUCUGUUUUUCAGUUGAAAGAAUCAAAAUAUACUGAUUCAGAAACAACAUGGUUGAGAACAGCAUUAACACAGGGUACAACAUCAGAUAAAGUAGCUGCUGCUAUUGUACUAGUGCAAAAUAAUCCAAAAUACAAUCUACCUCGACUUAUAAAGCUUGUAAACCAAGUACGAGUUGCAAAACACAAUCAAUGCAACAUGAUAAUAAAAUCCUUAAGAGAUCUGUUCUUGUUCGAUCUACUUCAUCCUAAAUUCAAAUUACUGAGAUUUGAGGAACAAAAUUUAGAUGAACUUGUCAAAUUUAAUUCUGAAAGUACUGAUUUGUCAAAAAAAAAACUAAUGGUUCAUUGGUAUUUUGAGGACCAAUUACGUGAACAGUAUGAACACUUUGUAAUGUCUUUAGCUACUAUUGCAUCUGAUACAGUGGAUGUAAAUCGUGAGGUAGCAAUAUCAGUAAUGACAGAUUUAUUAAUAGGAAAUGCUGAGCAGGAACAUAAAUUGUUAGAAUUGAUUGUUAAUAAAAUAGGAGAUCCGAGUAGUAAAAUAGGAUCUAAAGUUAUAUUUUGUUUAAAUAAGUUACUACAUGAACAUCCUAAUAUGAAGCUUGUUGUGUUACGAGAAGUUGAAAAAUUGUUAUUUAGAAAAAAUGUAGCACAGCGUGCCCAAUAUUAUGCAAUUUGCUUAUUAACACAAUUUCUUUUAAGCAAAAAGGAUGAAAAGCUUGCUUCUACACUUAUUGAAGUUUACUUUGCUUUCUUUAAAGCUUGUUUAAAAAAAGGAGAACCAGAUUCUAGAAUGAUGGCAGCAAUUUUAACUGGUGUAAAUAGAGCAUAUCCAUUUGCAAAAAUGAAUUCAAAUAUAUUGGAUGGUUACAUAGAUUCUGUGUACAAAGUUGUACAUAUUGGAUCUUUCAAUGUUUCUUUAAAUGCACUCAACUUGUUAUACCAGAUUACAGGCAAAGAUGAAGCUCAAUCAAAUAGAUUUUAUUCAACUUUCUAUCGGAAAUUAUUAGAUCCACAAAUCGGAGUAGCAAAUAAACGUGCACUAUUUCUUAAUCUAUUGUUUCGAGUUCUCAAAAAUGAUCGCAAUAAACAACGUAUAUAUGCUUUUAUCAAAAGAAGUUUACAAAUCGCAUUAUAUUUUCCUGCAAAUAUGACGUGUGCUACUUCGUAUAUAAUAUCCCAAGUUUUACAUACACACAAAGAAUUAAAAACUUUAUUAUUAAAACCCCAAGAUUUUAUUAAAAUUGAAAAUGAAAAUUUUGAAUCUAAAGAUAGUUCAUUAAAUUCAGAAAAUAUCUUUUGUCCUUCUGAUGAUAAAAAAUUGGAAGACACUAUUUUAUUAUCAAAUGUUAUAUCUGAACAUAAUGAGGAAACUCAAUGUGAAAACAAAACACAAAAUAAUGUAAAAAUUGAUUUUGAUACACAUAAAGAAUAUGAUCCUUUUUGCCGCAAUCCUCUUUAUGCUGGAAUAACUAAAGGUUUAAAUACAGAAUUAAUAAUGUUAUCUAAACAUUAUCAUCCAAGUGUUGCAUUAUUUGCAAAUAUUAUCCUUGAAGGGAAACCAAUUGAUUACACAGGAGAUCCAUUAGAAGAUUUAUCUUUAAUGCGUUUCCUGGAUCGUUAUGUUUUCAAAAAUCCCAAAAAAUUAGAAAAUAAGAGAGUGCACAAAAAGAAUGAUCCUUUAGCACAACGUGCAGGAUACACACCUAAGGGUAUUAGAUCCAUUCCGAUUGAUAGUAUGUCAUACAUUAAUGAAAAAGAAGGAUGCAUUCCAGUUGAUGAAUUAUAUUUAUACCGAUAUUUAAAAAAGAGAAAAGAAUUCAAACAUAAAUUUACAGUUGAAAAUGAUGAUGUAGAAAGUGUUAAUAGCGAAGAAUUUAAUGAUAUGUUAAACAGAUUAACAGAUAAUAAAGAUUUUGAAGAUUUAGAUAUUGCAGCUGACAUUCAAACUAUGAAAAAGAAAAAAGGUACUGAGGAGGAAGAUGAAAAUUUUGAUGAUGGUGAAGAAAGUAACAAUUCUGAUGAUAUAGAAGAAUCAGGAGAAAGUUUUGAUGAAGAUAAUAUUGACGAUUCAUUACAAAAUUUAAGUGACUUAGAUAACGAUGAUAUAAGUGAUCUAGAGUUUGAUGAAGACAUUGAUGAUAAUAUUGAAGAUGUUUUAGACAACAAUAUUCAGUCAAAUAUAAAUAAUCAAAUAAAAAAGCAGAAUAAAAAAUUGAAAGGAGUUGAUAAUAAUAUAUUUCUGUCAGCUGAAAAAUUUGCAGAAAUAUUAGAAGAACAUAGUAAACAAAAAAGUAAAGCUGGUGGUACAAAUACAUUUAAUACUGUGGAUGGUGCAAGUUCAAAACAAAUAGAAUGGGAGGUCAAGCGACAUCAAAAUCUUAGAAAUUCUUUAAAUAAAAGUAAACGAAAAAAUUCUAAAAUUUAUAAAAGAAAUGUAAAAAAGAGCAAACACUGAUUAAACAUUUAAAGUUUUUUAUAUUACAUCUACUUUUUUUGUAUGCUUGCUGUCACCAGAAUUGUACAUGUUACGUGUCAACAAUAUUUUGACGGUGAUAGCAAUCAUAAUAAAAAUUUGAGACAUUUAUAAAUUAUAAAAAUGAAUAUUUUAAUUGAUAUGUUAUACAAAUAAAGAAACUACAUAUAUACUUACAUACUAAAACUUUUUACUUCAUUUUAAUAAUUAUUAUUAGACGACGAAACAUUAAUCUACAAUAUAAUUAUUACAUUACGGAUACUGAACGUUGCAAAAACUUGUUUUUAAACAAUUAAUAUUUUUUACUUAAUGUAUCAUAUAAAAGAUUAAUUUAAAAAUCACAAAAACAGAUUUGUUUUUUCAUGAAAAAAAUGUUUGAAAUGUUUGAUACUUCCACUAUAAUAACACUAUUAUCUUAUGUAAAAGUAUCUUACCAUCAAAAAGGCUUUUACACAUUAAAAAGUUUUUAAAAGAUUAUUUUCAUUUACAUUUUUGUACGCAUCGUACAUUGUCACGUUAUAUUUAAGUAAAAAUAAUUAAGUUUUCAACUUCUUUAACAACAGAAAUAAUUAUCAUAUAAUCAUGUUUACCUACUUGUUGAUUUGUAGAUUGUAAUGAUUGUAAAAUUAACCAAUCAGAUGAUAAGUUACAUUAAAAAUUAUUGACAUUGGAAAUAUGAACUAUCCAAAUUUAUAUCGCAAAUACAUAUUCAAAAUAACAUAUAGUAAAAUCUUUUUUAUUUAAACCUUUUAUUCAUUUUCUUAAUAUUUUAAUAUCUGAAUAUUAUAUUACCAGAGCAGAAUAUUUAUUAAUAACUAGAAAAAUCAUGUUAUCUAUAGGUAUACUGUUCUAGUAAUAUUUAUGAUACCUGAUACUUGAAAAAUAAAGGUUAAAAUAAAGAAGACUCUAUUAUAUUUAUUUAUCUAAAUUCUGAAAUUAAUAAUGAAGAAUAAGCUUUUAAGGUAACAGUUGCAAAAGAAGUUGUGAGUAUACACUUUUUGGAAGUAUAUUGUAAGAGUAUUUUUUUUUCAUCAAUAGUGACAUAAAUAGGUAAUAAGGAUUUCCUAUUUUUUAAAUUUUAAUUUAUCAAUAAUUGUAAAAAAAAACAUUAAAAUGUAUAAUACCAUUACUGUGCAAUGAUCAAUAAA